AUGUCGGAACUGGGCGGCCUGCUGGCAGACUAUGGCUCUGACGGGGAUGGGGACAACUCGGAGGGCGGCCCCAAGGCGUCGACCGCCACAGCUGACGCCGACGGCGAUCGGAGGUCCGCGCCGGCGGCCGGCUCCGGCAGGCCGUCGAUCUUCUCGUCCCUGCCAGAGCCCAAGUCCUCCGGGAAGCGCCUUGUGCGCUUCAUGCUGCCCUUUGAUCCCGAGGCGCUGAGGAGCGACAGCGAUGAGGAAGAUGACAAGCCCAAGAAAAAGAUCAAGCUUGGAGGGCAGGCCAGCAAGCUAAAGGACUUCCUUCCACCUCCCAAGAAUGCAGGAACAGCAGAAAAGGUGUCAGAUCCUCUUGCAGUUGCCAAGGCAGCAAAGGCGUCCACAAUGGGGAGCUCAGCUGAGUAUCGUGAGGAUGCUGGUACCACGAAAGAUGGCUCCAUUGCAUUUGGCAACGAGGCGUUUCGUGUUGACAAUGAUGUUGAAACUGCAGAGGUGGGACCUGCAGGGGCUUCUGAUGUGGGGAUGCCAGAAGAGUCGUGGGAAAUUCGCGAUGCAAGAAGGAUGGAUGAUCCACAGUCACAUCUUGCAUCGAUGAGCGAAGGUGACCGCAUGCUGGCAAGCACCAUGCAGGAGGAGUUCGGGCAGGCUGCAGGGGAGGGGCAGGAGGACCCCUUUGCUGGCUUGGGGAUUAAAUUCAAAGAGGUGAAGCAAGCGGACCUGACGUACAUGGACCCAGCCGUGAAGGAGUCCGUCAACGCCGCGAACAACCCCUACGGCUCCACGAACGCCGCCCAGAUGCGGGCUGAGGCGGCGCCCUUCAAGGCUUCCAAGUUCGCCAAGAGGAAGCACCAAAUCGGGACGCUGUAUUACGACAUGAAGAUGAAGGAGGUGGAGAUGGCGUCCAGGAAGGCCAGCGGCAUGAAGUCGAAGGCGGAGACGGAAGCGAAGUACGGAUGGAGAUGA